AUCUGUGGGAAUGGCGAUUGAUGAUCCUGGUGGUGUCAAGAGAUUUUUGUAGAAAAUCUUGUGCGAAUUUAUUGCGUUGUAAUAUCAGCUGGGUGUUAUUUCUUUAAAAUAAACUUUUGAUUUCUUUAAAACAGUUCGAAGUGCAUUUUAUUUGACAUCGAUGAUUAUUGUCAACUGAUUGCAAGUGGUGACCUGGGCCACUAAGUUAAGAAGAUGGCGGAAGUGGAUCCAGAAACAUUAUUAGAAUGGCUGCUGACUGGGCAGGGUGAUGAGCGUGACAUGCAGCUCAUUGCUCUUGAACAACUGUGCAUGUUGCUGCUCAUGUCUGACAAUGUUGAUAGAUGCUUUGAAAGCUGUCCUCCAAGAACAUUUCUUCCAGCAUUGUGUAAAAUAUUCUUAGAUGAAUGUGCACCAGACAAUGUGUUGGAAGUGACAGCCAGAGCUAUUACUUACUAUUUGGAUGUGUCUGCUGAAUGUACAAGACGGAUAGUGGCUAUUGAAGGAGCAGUGAAGGCCAUUUGUAGCAGACUGCUCACAGUUGAUCCUAACAAUCGCACCAGCAAGGACCUUGCUGAGCAGUGCAUUAAAGUAUUGGAAUUGGUGUGCACCAGAGAAGCAGGUGCCGUGUGGGAAGGUGGUGGCCUCCCUGCUGUUUUACAUUUCAUUACACAUCAUGGUACAUCUGUGCACAAGGAUACACUUCACUCAGCCAUGGCAGUUGUUUCAAGGGUUUGUGGCAAAAUGGAGCCGGGUGAUGCACGCGUGGGCGAUGCGGUGUCGUCACUGUCGGCGCUGCUGCGUCACAAUGACGCCCGAGUGGCCGACGCUGCUCUGCGCUGCUUUGCCUCUCUAGCUGAUCGGUUUGCUCGCGCGCAUGCUGACCCAGCCCCUCUUGCUGAGCAUGGUUUGAUUGAGGAACUAGUUCGCCGAUUGGGAAGUGCUGAAAGUGGUGAUGAUAAGUGUUCAGCUCCUGCAGUAUCCACCACAGUCAGUCUGCUCUCCACACUAUGCCGAGGUUCUGCACAGAUCACACAUGACCUCGUCCGCCUGGAGUUGUGCUCAGCUGUGGAGGCAGCUGUGCAGGCCGAUGAGCGCUGGUGUCUCGAAUGUAUGCGUCUCGUUGAUCUGUUGCUUGUGCUCUUGUGUGAAGGACGGCACGCCAUACAAAAUGGUUCAACUCGAAACGGGAGUUCGACAUCUGGGUCGAGCGGCUCUGGCGGCGCGAGCGGCGAGGGCUCGUCGGCGAGCGGCAGCGGCGCCCGCGGCGACAAGUCGCACCGGCAGCUCAUCGACUGCAUCCGCGGCAAGGACACGGACGCGCUGCUCGCCGCCGUCUCCAGCGGCGCCGUCGACGUCAACUUCACUGACGACGUCGGACAAACAUUGCUCAACUGGGCCUCGGCUUUCGGUACCAGGGAAAUGGUCGAGUUCCUGUGUGAAAAAGGUGCUGAUGUAAACCGUGGUCAACGUAGUUCAUCUCUGCACUACGCGGCGUGCUUCGGUCGCCCCGCUAUCGCCAAGGUGCUCCUUCGCUACGGGGCUAAUGCGGAUUUGCGAGAUGAGGACGGCAAGACACCACUUGAUAAGGCUCGCGAAAGACACGAUCAAGGUCACAGGGAAGUGGCAGCUAUUCUUCAGUGCCCUGGCGAGUGGUUGGUUGUCGGUAGUCACGACUCACCAUCACCUACCAAUGAUGAUGAUUUUCCUGAAACUGGAGACAAGGAAAUGGCAGCAAUUUACCUAGAACGGCUGGUGCCGGUGUUCUGCGCGCGCUACCUGGGCGCGGGCGGCGCGGGCGUGCGGCGCGCGUGCCUGUCGCUGGUGCGCAAGAUGGUGCACUACGCGCCCGCCCGCCUGCUGCGCGCGCUGUCCCGCCGCCGCGACCCGCCCGCCGCCGCGCUGCUCACGCAGCUCGUCGCCGCCGUGCUCGACAACGCCGGCGAGCUGGGCGCGAGAGGCCGCGCGCCGCCGCGAGUGCUGCGCAGCCGCUAUAUCCGCCCGCCUGCGGACGACGACGACGGUCACCUCAUAGUGCUGGGUAUCGCAGAAGAGCUCAUGGUGAAGGCAUCCGACAUAUACCUGGAGCAGUUCGCGCGUCUCGGCGUCUUCAGCAAGGUGGAGGGGCUGGCCGCUGCGCCGGCUGCUUUCAUGUCUUCUGAUAAUGACACUUCUAGUACUCCGGGUUGCAGUGAAGACGCGUCGUGCCUGUCAAGCGGCGUGGGCUACUCGUGGGCGGAGUGGUCGCUGUGCCGCGGCCGCGACGCGCUCUACGUGUGGAGUGACGCGGCCGCGCUCGAGCUCAGCACCGGCAGUAAUGGCUGGUUCCGCUUCCUGCUCGACGGCAAACUGGCCACUAUGUACUCCAGCGGCAGCCCUGAACAUCAGACUGAUAAUACUGAAAACCGUGGUGAAUUUAUCGACAAACUGCAAAGAGCUCGAGCCUCAGUAAAGAAUUCGGUCCCACAACCGAUUCUUUCGAAGCCAGGGACGUCUAAAUUGAUUAUUGGUAACUGGGCUCUUUCCUGCAAAAAAGAAAAAGAAUUACAAAUCCACAACACAGAUGGUCAGCAACAGACUACAAUACUCAGAGAAGACUUGCCUGGUUUUAUUUUUGAAUCGAACAGGGGAACCAAACACUCAUUUACUGCUGAAACCUUUUUAGGUCCCGAGUUGGCAAGCGGCUGGACAGACCGCAGGACUGUGACACCUCAUAAUGCAGUAAAUGCAAGUCGAUCACGAUUGGCAGCUAAAGCAGAAGCAUUGAAAGCACAGGUGUGCGAGCGAGCCCGCGCGCUGUACUCGCGGCACCUGGCCAACGCCGCCACGCGCCAGCCGCGCCCGCCCGUCGCCCGGCUGCGGGCCCUGCUCGCCACCAUGCAGCGCCUCGCCACGCAGCCCACAGACGACUGGCAGCGCGAGCUGAAUGAGUCCCUCGAUCAACUGACUGAGCUGUUGUGUGGAGACGAACUGCUCUCAGCGUACGAAUUGCAGUCCAGUGGUCUAGCGCCUUCCUUGCUGCAAGUGCUUUCACCACAAGCGAACGACGCGCCGGGUCAGGCGGCGGCGCGCGCGCGGCUGGUGCGCGCGUGGGUGUCGCGGCGCGGCGGCGCGGCGGGCGGCGUGCUGGCGCGGCGCCUGGUGGCCGUGCUGGAGAGCGUGGAGCGCCUGCCCGUGCUGGCGCCGCACGGCGACGCGCCGCCGCCCGCGGCCGGCACGCUGCACCACCUCACCAAGCGCAUCAGGUUGCGUGUCGAGCGUGCAAACGAUGAAACUACCGAGGACUCAACGUCGAACAACGGCAACAACGCCGGCCGCAAUCUGAAAGUAGAGGCGUUGACGACUGUACGACAGCUAGAGAGGUUCCUCGCCAAGUCGGUCGCCCGCCAGUGGUACGAUAUGGACCGCGCCACAUUUAACUUCGUACAGAAGAUCAAAGCCGAGGCGCCCAUUACAUUUACAUACGAACAUGAUUUCGACGAGAAUGGAAUCAUUUACUUUAUUGGCAGCAAUGGAGGCACAUGCGAAUGGGUAAAUCCCGGUGCCCACGGUCUGGUCAGUGUUUGGUCGUCUGACGGCAGACAGUUGCCGUACGGUCGCGCCGAGGAUGUGCUCUCGAGGUCCCCGGAGCCUCUAAAUGUACACACGAACGAUGAUAGACGAGCGUUCAUAGCGUUAGAUUUGGGUUUACAAGUAGUGCCUUCAGCGUACACUUUACGUCACGCUCGCGGCUAUGGGCGUUCAGCGCUCAGAAAUUGGCUAUUUCAAAUGUCAGCUGACGGCGUGACAUGGAGCACGCUGUUGUCGCACAGCGACGAACAAACGUUACAGGAGCCGGGCAGUACGGCCACGUGGCGGAUCCGCGCCGACGCGCCGUAUCGAUACCUCAGGAUACAGCAGAACGGAAAGAAUGCCAGCGGACAGAGCCAUUAUCUGUCACUCUCCGGCCUUGAGAUUUAUGGCAAAGUGGUGAGCGUGAACGAGGUGGGUCCGCGUCAGUGCGGCGGCGGCGGCGCGGCGGUGGGGGCUGGGGGCGGGGCGCGGGCGCGGCGCUGGUCGCGCGGGGCCCGCGGGGUCUGCGCGGGCGCGCGGGUGCUGCGCGGCCCCGACUGGAAGUGGCGCGACCAGGACGGCCCGCAUCCCGCGCUCGGCACCGUCACCUCUGACCUGCACAAUGGAUGGGUCGAUGUCAGGUGGGACCAUGGAGGACGCAACUCCUACCGAAUGGGUGCGGAGGGCAAAUUCGACCUAAAGGUGGUGAGCGGUGGCGCCACCGGCGGCGAUAACAAACAAGGCCGCAAGAGCCACUCCACUCCCAGCCUGCCUGAUGCUACGGGCGCCGACCAUCAGGUAUCAGUAGCAUCGACCGAGCAAGCGUCGUCGGCGGACAACAUAUCGAGCGAGGAGAUGGCGAGCAACAUGUCGCGGCCCCGCACCCACGCGACUGACCUCUCUGCUAUCAACAAUUCUACGCACCAUAUUAAUACAGAUCUAGCAACAAUUGUAGAAUCGCUGACACUUGGAGCGGAGAGCAAUAAUUGCAUGUCCGAUUUGGGCAACACAUCCUUCACAAAUAUGGAAAUGGGCCCCACAAGUAUUACCGACAUCACCAAACCCUACCCAGCCAAAGAACCGGUACCAGAAACUAAUACUCAAGAGUGUGAGGACAACGACGCUGCCGAUGGUCAGUAUGGUGACCACAAGAAAGACAGUCAGUCCGGUGGCUCAGGCGCAAUGAGCGCUAGCGAACCAGAUUUAACUCAACAGGGUGCCGCAAGGCUGUUGGAAUCUCUAGGAGUGGGUCGCGGCGCGGGUGCCGGUCGCGGCAACAACCCACAGCGUGCUCCUCGGACUAACCACUCCACUAGCCUAUUCCCAAGUUUGGUGCGCCUCGCUCUCUCAAGCAACUUCCCUGGAGGACUACUCUCAGCUGCUCAAAGCUACCCGUCGCUGGUUCCAAACGCACAAAAUGCUCUGACCCUGUCUCUCACGUCCACGUCGAGUGAAAGUGAACAGUGGCUGCAGGUGUCGUUAGAAGACUUCCUGGAGUCGUGUCGCGCUCCCGCCUUGCUGACGGAGCUGGAGGACGACGAUGAAGGCGAAGACGCGCUCGAUAGUGAUAAGGAAAACGAACCCACAUAUCAAGAGGUAGUCUCACGGAAUCUGCUGUCAUUGAUGGAAGAAGAAGCUUUGGAAGCGGUUCGAGGUAACAGUGGCCAGGGUAGCCGCCAGCGUAAACCAUGGGACGAUGAUUUCGUUUUAAAACGACAGUUCUCAGCGCUCAUACCGGCGUUCGACCCUCGACCUGGAAGAACUAAUCUGAACCAAACUGUUGAUCUGGAAAUCCCUCUGAACGAGUCAUCGGACGGUGAGGAGAGCAGCAGCACGGAGACGGGCGGCACGAGCGCGGGUGCGGGCGCGGGCGGCGGGCGGCUGCCGGCGCUGCGGCUGGUGCUGAGCGCGGGCGGCGCGUCGGUGGCGCUGGAGCGGCCGGCCUGGACGCUGUACCGCGCCGUACUGGCGCUGACUGCUCGGCUGCCGCUGCUCGACACGCACCGCGACCUCACAUACACAUUAACAUACAAGGAAAUUGAGGGCAUGGAAACAUUCGCCUCUUCCAGCGACAGCGAGGAUGACGAACCGUGCGAUCCGGAGCGCGGAAUCGCGGGUGCAGAGGGUGCGGAAGGCGCGAUGGCGACGUGCUGCGUGCGCGUGCUGCGGCGCCUGCGCAGUGCCGCGCCCUCGCUGCCGGCCGAGGCCUUCGUGUCUACCAAGCUUACUAACAAACUGCACCAGCAGCUGCAAGAACCUCUCACUCUUGCCGCCGCUGCCACGCCGCUGUGGUGCCAGCAGUUGAACGAUUGGUGUCCGUUCCUGUUCCCUCUAGAGACACGCCAAAUGUUCUUCGCGUGCACUGCCUUUGGAACGUCUCGCACUAUCGUCUGGUUGCAGGCUCAGCGGGAUCGCGCUCUCGAUAGACAAAGAUCUGGUAACACGGUGUCUCCGCGCCGUGCUGAGCUCGAAGCGACAGAGUUCCGCAUGGGUCGCCUGCGGCACGAGCGAGUGCGGAUACCGCGCCAGCCGGACCUGCUGCGCUCUGCUAUGCAGGUGAUGCGCGUGCACGCGGGCCGCAAGUCGGUGCUGGAGGUGGAGUUCGCGGGCGAGGAGGGCACGGGGCUGGGCCCCACGCUGGAGUUCUACGCGCUCGUGGCGGCCGAGCUGCAGCGCGCCGACCUCGCCAUGUGGCUCAGCGACGCGCCCGCCGCCGCGCCCGACGACUCCGCGCCGCACCACCUCGUGCUGCCCGACGAGAAACCGCCGGGAUACUACGUGACCCGUGCAGGCGGUCUGUUCCCAGCGCCGCUCCCUCAAGACUCCCCCAUCUGUGAUACAGUUUGCAAAUAUUUCUGGUUCUUAGGAGUAUUUUUAGCUAAGGUUCUGCAGGACGGGCGGCUCGUCGAUUUACCGAUCUCAGAGCCCUUCCUGCGUAUUAUGUGCGGCGAGGAAUUGACCAAUGACUGUUUAGAGGAGAUUGAUCCAAUCAGGCAUCGGUUCCUGCAGAGCGUGGUAGCGGCUGCAGAGCAGUACGACAGCAUCAUGCGCGACCCCACCCUGGACGAAGACGAGCGCAGUGCUCAAGUCGCCGCGCUCACCGUGGAGGGCGCCACCUUCGAGCAGCUCGCGCUCACCAUGACGCACGUGGCGGCCCACGCCGACCCCGCCGUCGCCGUGCAGCCGCUCUGCGACAACGGCGAGAACAUCGAGGUGGGAGGACACAACGCGCGCGCGUACGCGGAGAGCAGCGCGCGCUGGAUGGUGCGCGGCGGCGUGCGGCGCCAGACCGCCGCCUUCCGCCGCGGCUUCGGCGCCGUGUUCCCGCCGCGCCGCCUGCGCGCCUUCUGCGCCGCCGAGCUGCGCCUGCUGCUGUGCGGCGAGCGCGGGCCCGUGUGGACGCGCGACCACCUGCUGCAGUACACCGAGCCCAAGCUCGGCUACACGCGCGACAGUCCCGGUUUCCUGCGGCUCGUGGACGUGUUGGUGGAGAUGUCGCUACGCGAGCGCAAGGCGUUCCUGCAGUUCGCGACCGGCUGCAGCAGCCUGCCACCCGGCGGCCUCGCCAACUUACAUCCCCGGCUCACUGUUGUGCGAAAGGUUGACGCUGGAGACGGGUCCUAUCCGUCAGUCAAUACAUGCGUUCACUAUUUGAAGUUGCCGGAAUACUCUUGCAAAGAAGUCCUGCGAGAACGUCUGCUCGCGGCGACCAACGAGCGUGGCUUCCAUCUCAACUAGAUGCAGCUAUUGCAAAACUGUCUGGGAUAUCGAAAGGUACCUCGACGUUUUGGAAUAACUUAAGUUCAUUUUGUACUAUUGUCACUCAUGCACUUUCGCCUUUGGACACGCGGAAUUAGUUAAUAAUUAUAUAUUUAUUCAACAUAAUAUCCGUCGCCUUUGACAGCUAAGCGAAAAAAAAACCAAUAGUGCUCGUCAGAUGUUAACUUCUAAUGAUCGAACUGAGUACAUUACCUAAGAAGUUACAGUUAUUUUUAAUAUAGAAAUGUAACCUUAUAGUAUGUCAGCUCAUAAUAUAAAACUGAUCUCUUGGAACAUAUUUUUCAAGACCCUAUGAAAUAAAUAGUAUUUUAUUAUAUCAAGGUUCUUAUUCUCAAAAAGUGUCGUAACUUUCGUUAUUAUCAUGCAAUUGAAUAUUUUAUUUUUAAUAUUAUGUAUAAAUAAUUGCAUGAGUUUAAUAUAUUUUAUAGAAGGGUGUGACUGUGUGAAAAAAAAUAAGAGGCUGCCUACCUAUUUAUUAUUGGGAGUUCAUAGCAAUAUUCAAAAAUAUGUAAUUUUUAGAUGUUGGUUUAAAAAUAUGAAUACUUUCUAAACUUGUAUCCACAGACAUAACUAAUUUUGAUAAUAAUGUUACACUAAUAUAAACUAGUUUACACCAAAGUAAACUUUGCUUCACUUUAAAAUUAUCGUUACAGUGAGAAUAUACCACAGUCUACCAAUAUCUUACCAUGGCAUCAACUAUCCAUUGGCUGACUUCUGUUCUCAAUAUGGACUUUAAAAACAGCACUUUAUAAAACUUUCACUUUAUACUUUAAACGGUUUUAUAAAAUAUUGAUGAUCGUUGCUUAUUUCAUAACAACUCAACUAGCAAGUUUUUCACAUAAAUUUCCAUUUGAGACACGGAUGAUGACAUGAUGGCGGUACACUGUGGUAUAACAGUACAUGUAUGUAAUUUUGAUUUGUGUGUGUUUUAAAGAUAAAUUAAUGAAUGAGUAGGUGUAUAGUGUUUCAAACUAAUUUUAGAUAAAUGUUUGUGUAUGCUGUGGUGAUAUUUAGUUUUAUUUUCGGAUGUACUAAGUUCUUUCACAAGGAGUUUAGUUCAAAUGUAAUCUAUGAUCUGUCUGCAAUAAAAAUGUUUAAAUAUUACCAUUCAUUUUGUUUUGAGUUGUGCUUCCAAAGGAUUCGAUAAUAUAUAAUUAAUAUUCGUAAAAGAGCAUAUAAAUCGUAAAAAAUAUUUAAAUGCGAGUUUUGAUUUUUUCUUUGGUUAUAUUGUAUUAAAACCAAAAACAUAUAAAUGCAAGCUUCUCGGUAAAUCAACACAUAUUUUAGUGUAACGGCUGAAAUGUUAGUUGUGCACAAUUUAUAAUUUGUAACACUGAAACACAGACAGCUAUUGAAGCAGCGUGCCAACUUCGUCGCUUGAAGCCGUUGCGUUUGAUAUGUGCUUGUGAUACCUUAAUUAGGACUGAAAUUAUGAUAAAGUAUAGCAAAUUUUAACAUUAGGGUGUGAAACACUAGUGCGUUUCUACGAAGAUAUUUAGAUAUGUUCCUUUAGUUAAAUAAUUUUGUCAACUGAAAGUUGGUAUAUAUUGUGAUUUAUUAUUAUAAAACUAAUUUACGAAUUAAAAUAUAUUUAGUUUAAAUUUAAUAGAUAUUUAGAUUAAAAUUAUUAACCAUAAUGGCAUCAUGUAGUGCUCAUGUAAUUGUUGUUGAGGAUUGUAUCAAUAAAUUAAGCAAAAAUCA